AUGUUUAAAUUCAUCCGUACCAUCUGCCUCCCCGUCUUUAAGCGGGAGAUCCAAGGCGUUGCUCCCACGCAGCUGGCCAAGAAUGAUGCCUCAUCAAACCCACAGGAAAAAGAGAAAGAGCCUGUCGCCUGGGAGGUCCCCAUUCAAGGCUACAUCACCCGGGUCAAACCUCGCCGUCUGGAUCGCUGGCUCGACGCCGCCGUCCGCUGGUCCGGCUCCGAGUAUGUCUUCUUCACCAUCCUGGCCGGUAUUCUUGUCUGGGUGUUUCUCAGCAUUCCGUUCCAUGACUCCCUCACCUGGCAGGCUCUGAUCUCCGACGUCCAGGCCAUCCUGAGCUAUGUGUUUGAUUCGUUCUUGAUGCGUCAGCAGCUCAAUGGCUAUGAGGAUGUGCUGGUGGUGACGGCAGAACUUCGUUCUCGCGGCGCCUCGCACAACCGCAUGCUGAGAAAGCUCGUAGAAGGCAUGGACAAGGACGAACUGGCGCGUCUGACAGUGGUCAACGAGCAGCAGGACACCAUGGUCAGUGAAUUCGACCCUGAACUCCCCGGCGAGAACUGGUUCGGACGGGCUGUCACCGCGUUCUCGCGUGUCCUCGGCCAUCUCAUCACCGUGGCACUCUACUGGGCCUGCAUCGUCAUCUGGCUCGGGUUCGGCGCCUUCUGUAGUUGGAGCGACAUGUGGGAGCUGUACAUCAACUCGGCCACGUCGGCGUUGAUGGUCUUUGUGUUCUCGUUCCUGGCCAAUAUCCGCGAACGCCACUCCGACUACACGAAACGCUGUCUGGACGCCAUCUUCCGCGUCGAUGCGGCUCUGGAACUCAAGCUACGGACCGUGACAGGCGACCAGCAGGAGAAUGAGCUCGUGAUCAUCCCACCGCCAAAGGCUAACGUGGUCCAGAAAGUGAUCUUCUAUUAUGCCGAUGUGGUUGGGACCCUGGUGGGAAUCGUGAUUCUCAUUAUCGUCAUCAUCGUUUGGCUUGCUGUCGGCCCAGUCAUGUCGUUCAGCUCCAACUGGUGGCUGUUAAUCGGAACGUAUGCCGGCCUGGUCGGGAUGAACGACGGCUUCGUGCUGCGGAAUGUGCAGAACAAGCUGAGCGACUACGAGAAUGUGGAGUUCGACAAGGUUGACGUGAGCGACGCGGCCCUGUUUGACAUCGCCGGCAUUCGCAUUCCAGAUCGGGAGACAGUCCAACACACGUCGCUGACCCACCGCGUGUCCACGGCCAUGAACAAAGUCUGCGCGCACGAACUUACAGUCAUCGCGGGCUUUCUCGUCAUCGUUGGCCUGAUCGUCGGGUCCAGCGUGAUGCAGUGGAACACGACGGGGCAAUUGAUCUCCAACAUCCCGCCGAGCAUUAUCGAGUCGUUCUUCAUGAUCAUCUUGAUCACGGGGCACAACGACGCCGAUGCGGCGAAGCGGGUGGAUCUGAAGCACCUCUACGAGAGGCGGCUGGCACUGUUGGCGUUUGUCAACCGUGUGGGAGCGGCUGAGUCUGCCAAUCCGCAGCCAGUGACCAUCUGCAGUGAAGAGCAGCUCGCUGAUGAGCAGUAG